AUGAGUGCUUCGAUAUCUGGCAUGGUACUCGAUGAUAUCAUGGAGGCUCUCUUAAUUCGUAAUGAAAAAGAAAUUAAAAAAACAGAAGAAUGGUUGCAAAUUGCCAGAGAAGAAGAAUAUCUACAAAAAAGACUUCAACAAAAAAUUAAUGCUUCAAAUCAAGAACCAAAAAAUUCACCAUUCUUUGAACAUGCAUUUCCAACAGCAACAAUUCAACCAACACCAACAACUGUUCACUUAUCAAAUCAACAACAAUUUCUGCCACGUCAUUAUUACAAAAAACAACAUCAUCAACAAUCAAUAUCAACAAAUAAUCGAACAUAUUCAACAUAA